CACACUUUUCGCAAUGGCUGAUCGAUGUUURAGCUUCUCUCGAAGCCUUCGAGAAACGACCUCAUAUCACAGUACAAUAGACCACAAAUGUCGAGUUUAUCACCGGCGCUGGUAUAUUUUGAUAAUCUUCUCUUUAAUGUCCGGUCUUCAAGGUUGUGUUUGGAAUACAUGGGGGCCUAUWGCUGGAUCGGCAGAAGCUGUGUAUGGGUGGACCGAUGGUACUAUUGCUUUGUUGGAGAACUGGGGGCCCAUUACGUACAUUUUAUCGUUCUUAUUAUUUUCUUGGCUAAUGGACGUGAAAGGUCUUCGUGCAUCGGUGUUAGUGACGAUAUUUCUGAUAACUCUUGGGACUGGAUUACGAUGCGUAACUACAGAACCCAAGACAGCAACAUGGUUAAUUCAUCUUGGUCAAUUCUUUAAUGACCUUGGUGCUCCAGUAGCYAUGGGUGCUCCACCUUUGGUGUCAUCAACAUGGUUUCCACCUAAUCAACGUGCUACAGCAACAGCAAUCUCCACAUUAACUAGUUACAUUGGAAUUUCUAUAUCGUUUGUGGUAGCACCAUUUAUUUUAAAUCCGAAUGAUAUCACRCCUCUUGCACCAAACAUGACCAAUGGAAGUGCCGUGAACAYUAGUUCUUAUGGUUCAAGUUCCCAAGAUAUGUCAUGGAGUGAGGCUGUUGAUGUCGCUAGAAAUAAUAUCAAAUUAUAUUUGUACAUAGAGUUUGGUAUUAGUGCUUUCAUACUGUUGUGUUGCUUGGYGUACUUCCCAGCCAAACCACCUCAUCCACCAAGUUUCUCUGCAGCCAGGACUAAGAUAGACUAUGUUGAAGGUGGAAAAAAACUAUUAAGAAACAAAGAUUUUUGGAUCUUAAAUAUACUUUAUGGAGCUACUACAGGUGUAUUUAGUGGAUGGGGAGGAGUUCUGGCUGUCAAUCUUCUGGCAUUUAAUGUAAAACAGGAUACCGCUGGUUGGAUUGGGUUUUAUUCAAAUAUGGCAGGAUGUGUUCUAGGGAUGGUGAUGGCAAGAUUUGCAGAUUUCUUUUCUGGUAGAAUGAAAUGCUUUCUUGUUUUCUUAUUUUUUGGAUCAACUGGAUCAUUUCUUUGGUUUUCGAUGUUAUGUCAACAUAUAAUCCCCUUUAGCAAAGUCUGGCUGUACGUAUCUGCAGUUCUUGGUGGUUGUUUCAUCAAUGGGUCUAUACCUCUGUUCUACGAGCUGACAGUAGAAACAACAUACCCUAUUGCUGAGGGUAUUCCUAUGUCAGUAAUAACAACAUCAAACCAUCUUGCAUGUCUCAUCUUUUUGGGUUGUUUGAUGAUUCCAAAUGUUGGAACUAUGUGGAUGAAUUGGUGCAUGGUGGCCAUCUGUGGACUCUGCAUCCCCUUACUUUUUGUGUUCAAGGAAAAAUACACCAGACUGGAGCUUGACGCUGCAACUAUACAAAAAGAUAGACGGACGACCAGACAUAGACGACCACAAGCAACAAUUACAGAUGAUGAAGGGGAGAAGAAACUUUUGCUGUCACAUGAAAAUUCKUAUAACRCAACRAAGAACUACACAAGUAGUAUAAAUUCAACUGUGUGAAUUUAUCACACAAUCACAUAUUCUUUUUGAAUUACCUUAACAUAAAAUUAUAAUUUUGUUAUAAUUACACCACUUAGCAUACAUACACUUGAGUGCAUUUAGUGCAUGUGUCUAAUAGAUAGCAUUAUCCUAUCAUUAAUUGGAUUUUUUUCUAUCUAGCUAACUCCAACUAAAAAAAUCCAUUAGUACCACACAUGAAGAUAAUCAUCAUAUUUAUCAUGUUAUUGCUAUCAGUCUCUAAACAUUGUUCAAACAAAAAAAAACAAUGCAUUAGCAUAUUUUUGUACAGCAUUUCUUCAUCUUCCAUACAUCAAUGUAUGGAUGUUGUUUUUAUGAUGUAGAAACAUGCAUUCCUUUUAGAGCAUGAUUUUGGGUAAAAUAAUUCAUGUUCUUGGGCUAAUCAAAUGUUAACUGCUUGUCUUGAUAAGGUGAAAGACUUUGUUUAAUAGAUAAAUUUGUUAAGAAUGUUUUUUCCUACUGUAUGCAUUUUUUUUCCUGUAUACACAUGGUUCAUUUUAGAUUCAUUUUAGUUCAGUUUAGUGUCUACUGGUAAAAUGAUGAUUACUUAUGAUAAUUUCAUAAAUAUUAAAAAUAUAUCAAUUAUUGAUCAAUGUAAAAUUAUUGUAUAAAAUCUUAAUCGUAGAGAUAUCUUAGUUUACUAAAGUAGAAUAACAUCUUUGUAAAUUAGAUAAAAUACUGUAACAUAACAAUGUUGCCACUUUAUCUUGCAACAAAGAUUACCAUUCAUACAAUAAAAUCCCUUUAUCUUUCCUUGUAAUAUUGUUUGUUG